CUCCAGCUGUCGACGGCGGCUACGAUGUACCGGCUACGGAACACCUUCACCCGGUCCCGGACACCGACUGCGGACGAACUAAAGACCCAGAGCAGCCUGGAGGUACCGAAGCAGAUCCGUUCGGCGUCGUUCGACGAGAUACAGCUUGAAGCGCAGCGUGGGACCCACGUGAAGGGAGGCAACCAGCUACUGUUGCCGCCGGUGUCAGCGGACGAGCGGCAGCCAUCGCGGGGGCUUCUGAACGUGCCCCAGCUUGGUCCAGGGCCGUCGAGUGGCCAGCGGUCGCGCAGCUUCGAUCUGACCGGCUCGACGUCCGAGUCCGGCGACGGCCCCACGGUGGUGUCGGCGUUCCUUGACGUCCCGAAGCGCUUCCAGCGCCGUCGGUCCAGCCAGAAGGUGCCGCCAGUGGUGUGCGUACACUGCAUGUACCUGGAGGAGUACCUCCAGAUGCGCCACCAUACCGACACUAGCACACCUUACGAGACGUUGCAGUUCAGCACCGGCACCGGCCACAACUGGAGGGACUGGGUCGCGGGUGAAGACGACGACGACGGUGACGAUGGCGACGACGUGGCGGUGGAUGACGAAGAAGAGGCUGAGGGAGAGGAAGAGGCAGAGCCAGAAGACGAUGGCGAAGAUGACGGCGAGGACGACGGUGGUGAGGAGGACGCUGACGACGACGAUGGUUGCGGCGACGACGAGCGGUAUCUCGUGCAGGCUGCUCCGGUGCCGGUGCCAGGCAAGCAGCAGGGUGACUGGGAAGAUGACGACGAGGACGAGGAGGAGGCGGCAGUGGGGCCGAACGAUGAAGACUGCUCGGCCCGGAGCACCUACCGUCGGCAUACCGCGUCCGAACUGUACCGCACCGAGCACUCCGCCGGAACGCCGCCCUCGGUGCAGCUCAGCGACUACGCCCGGUUGUUUCCCCGCGUGUCCCAACGGAGCGUACAGCUAUCGGUGGACACGGUGGGCGACAACGAUGCUGUGGUGGUACCGGCGGCACCCUGUGCCAUCACCGUCACCCUGCCCGCUGAGCCUGGUCCGGAGAGCCCGGAUGUUGCGGCCGCACCGAGACCGCACCUAAGCGCGGUCGUCCUGAGUGUCAUCGCCGUGACGCCCGCCGUCAGCAACGUCGGAGGGUCCUCGCAGGAUGACACCGUCCCUGAGGCGACGGACGCGGACGAUGCGUCAUCGCAGACCAACCGCCCCCGACGUCGGUCCAUCUCGCGCCAGGAAGCGAUCGUCAUCGAGACGGAGGCGGGGCUCGCCGUAGCGACGGAGGGUGGUCCCCCCGUGAUCACCACGAGCGAAGAACCCGAGCCACCUCGGGCCGCCAACAGCGAACCUUUAGUGAGCGACGCAGCGACUCCACCUGACAGCGACAGGUCCCGGCCCGUCCGAAGGCCAGUUCCGCCGCCACCGCCGCUGCCACCAUCGCGGCCACUGCCGCCGGUACCUCCGCUAACGCCCCCAGUACUUCCGGACGUUUGUGUGUGCGGGAGUGAGCCGGUAGCGUCAGCGGCCCCAGCCGAGCCAGAGCCGCCGGACGCGGUGCACAACAUCUACCUGCAGGUCCCGGACCUGAGACGUGAUCGUGCCGCGUCCGUGGACUCCUGCUUCGCGAAAGUCAAGAGCGCCAAGACGGAGGAGUUGCAGUCACCGAACGGCGACCUGACGCUGUUAACGGUGGCCGGGACGGGGGCCGGAGCGAUCCGGUCCCGCUCGGUGGAUAUUGUGCUGCCGACGAAGGAGCAGGCCCGCUACAAGGCACUCGCCCUGACCGACGCGAACGCGGCCGGCAACAGCGGAGCAGGAGGGGCCGACGGCGACGGCGGAAUGUUCGUACAGCUAGUCAACUCCGCCGGCAAAGAUGGCAGUGGCUUCGAGCAGCGAUACCGGAUACGGGGCACGCCCGACUGGAGCGACCGUGCCGUGGUUGGCGAGCACCUCUGGGCGCCGACGGCCGUUUCAGGCGACUGGUGUUACGUCGGCGACAGCGAUUGCUUGAAGACCGGCCCGAGAAUCAAGUGUGCGGCUUGCAAGAUCACGUCUCACCUCACCUGCCUGGGGCUGCUGCUCGAAAGAAGUUUGGUGUGUAAGCCGACCUUUCGCCACGAAGGAGUACCAUUGGACGCGACUGGCAUCGGCACCAAACUCUUUCACCACUGGGUGCACCGGCGCACAGGGAAGGGCAAGUGCGGCCAGUGUGGCAAGGCCCUGCAAGCGAAACUGUCAUUCAGCAGCACCAAGGAGAUCGUUGCGUUGUCGUGCACUUGGUGUAAAUCGUCGUACCACAACAAAGAAGCCUGCUUCCACGCGAGCCACAUCGUCGAGGAGUGUUCGCUCGGUGAGCACGGGAAGAUCAUCGUGCCACCGUAUUGGAUCGUGAAACUUACGUCCCCGGCCGGCGGCAAGGACAGUAAGCGGGCGCCCAAAGUGACACGAGCGACCCCUUCGAAGGGCGCGAAGGUGCCAGCCGCCCGGAAAGCGCCCGCGCCACCGCACGAAUCCCGGACGUCCUUUGUGGUGCAGCCUCUGCCGAUGGCGAAGCUGACGCCGGUGCUAGUGUUCAUCAAUCCCAAGUCGGGUGGCAACCAGGGCUCGAAGUUGAUCCAAAAGUUCCAAUGGUUGCUCAACCCGCGGCAAGUGUUUGACCUCAGCCAGGGCGGCCCGAGAAUGGGGUUGGAAUUGUUCCGGCGGGUGCCACUGCUGCGGGUUCUGGCGUGUGGCGGUGACGGUACCGUCGGCUGGGUGCUCUCGGUGCUCGACCAACUCAACUUCGUGCCGCCCGCGGCCGUCGGUGUGCUGCCACUCGGCACCGGCAACGAUUUGGCCCGGGCCCUCGGAUGGGGUGGAGGCUACACGGACGAGCCGAUCGGCAAGGUGCUCACCAACGUGGAGACCUCGGAACCGGUGAUGCUCGAUCGCUGGAUGCUGCGUGUCGUUCCCAACACAACUCGGCCCGAGACCGGCACCGGUGGCGACACAGGCAAAGACAACCUACCGCUCAACGUGGUGAACAACUACUUUUCGCUCGGUGUCGACGCGCACAUCGCUCUCGAGUUCCACGAGGCCCGGGAGGCGCACCCGGAGAAAUUCAACUCGCGGCUGCGUAACAAGAUGUUCUACGGCCAAGCCGGCGGCAAGGAUCUGCUCAAGCGCAAGUGGAAAGGGCUGGCCGAGUUCGUGACGCUGGAAUGUGACGGCAAGGAUCUGACGCCGAAGCUGAAAGAGCACAAGGUGCACGCCAUAGUGUUCCUCAACAUUCCUAGCUACGGCGGUGGUACCCAUCCGUGGAACAAGUCGGGCGGCCAGUAUGAGCCGGCCAUUGACGACGGGAUGAUUGAGGUGGUGGGCCUGACCACUUACCAGCUGCCACUGCUGCAGGCUGGCGGACAUGGGACCUGCAUUGCGCAGUGCCGCACGGCGAAGAUAGUCACGUCAAAGAGCAUCCCGAUGCAGGUAGAUGGCGAGGCGUGCAAGUUAAAGCCAUCAAUCAUCGAACUUACCCUCCUGAACAAGGCUGUGAUGUUAGCGAAAAAGAAAUCGGGCAAAGCGAACGUGUCACAAGAUAAGAUUGAAUCCCUGAGCGUUAACCUUAUGAAGAUAAUGAUGCGCGACUACGAGCAGCAUCACUACGACAAGGAGCGACUACGACAAUCAGCGGUGUGCCUGGGUUGCCUUGAAACUCGCAUCGUGGACCUAGAGCAACUCCGUGCCCUCAUCAACAAGCGCUACGGCGAGCACUCGGACUGUCCCAAGCUGUCGCCAGACUGGUGCUUUAUCGAUGCGUGCACUGCACAACGUUUCUAUCGCAUUGACCGUGCUCAGGAAAAUCUGCACUUCAUCACCGACAUAGUGACCGACUGUCUGUUCGUACUGGACCAGGAGCAAUCGCUAGUCCGUACGGACGCCGAGGACCGACCCUCUGCACCAUCACCGUCACUUAGCCUGCCACGCCCAGACAGUGCAGUCGCGAGAGACUGUAGUGCUGUAGCAACUUCUUACCCCAAGAUACCGACCCUCAACCGUUCCUUAUCCGGACCCCCUGGCUCUGAAACGUUCUGCUUUCCGGCGGUUCGUCCACUGGCCCGCAAAAAUUCUCAGGAAGCAGUCCUGACCGCUAUACGAGCCGUGGAAGUGGAUAAGCAUGACAGUGCGACCAAGAAGAACUUACAGCUAAACCCGAGGUCCGAGGCUCACCACGUCGCCUAAGCGACGCUCCCUGUGCAACGUCGCAUCGCAGCUCUCGCUCUUAUCAACUCCGACCAAUCAAAAGUCGUUCUCCGCUAGCAGGACAAUCGGGACAAAUAUUUGCACGGACCAUCGACAACUUUCGGGACGAAUCGCCGGGACGAACACAAGCCUCAUGGUUCAAAUACUCUGACAGUUGAGAAUCGCCGGUGGCAUGGCGGCGGGAAGGGAGAGAGAGGAACUACCAUUCUCUCAUAGGAAUGCUCCCGCAGACUAGACGACCACGCACCCGACGCUGCCCUCACAAAGACACAAUACUCUAGCCCACUCGACACAUCACUAUAGAAUCUAAAACUCCUCACCUUCGCACGGAAUGGUUCCACUAGGUAAUAAUGAUGAGUUCGCCGCACAGAAACGCCAUCGGUUUUGCAGGGCACUAGUGUCGGUAAUGGGCUGGGUAUGGUACACUUAAAGCGUAUCCUUGCCCCUUCCAGUCUACUCUAUAACAGACGAAUUUAAUAUAUCUCGCGGGCAACUUUUUUGUGUAAAUUAAACACACACAAACACAAACUACAACACAACUACAUACAAACAUACAUACGUAUGUGUAUGUAUACACCUAUGUACGCGGAUACUGCAACUACGAUUGAAAAAACAGAGAGGCAGAGUGAGCGAGCUA